GCACAGGCAGUGAGCAAAUCCUGACAAUAAACUCUGCUCCCGCUCACUCCCCACAACCGCCCUUCAAUCGGACACCCAGCGAGUCUAAGACGUGACUGACUCCGGCGCCGGGUAUCAUGGGAUCCGCUUCAUCAGCUGCUCAGCCGAAGGUCAUUCACCUGGAUGUUGAUGGGAAGAUCCAGAAGGUGAUUUUCAGCCGGCUCUCGGGUCCCUCUGAUGUGCACGAGGCCCUAUCCAUAGCAGCUGGGAACCUCAGAGGGGAGGUGGUAUCGUUGGUUGACCAUGUUGGAAAACCAGUUGUUAUAAACCCCGAGAUGCCUGCCAACUCUGUGAGUUUUCCAUAUAAAGUUAUUGCUGUGACUGACCAACACACAGGUCAUGAAAAACUUCUGCAAAAUAUUUUAGUUGAGGUUGCGCAACACCUUUCCAGAGCCUUGGGAAUCGAUGCUUUCAGAAGCGAGCUCUCGGCCAAACUGGACACCCUGGAGCGGAGAGUGGACGUGGGCAGUCAGAAGGCGGUGGAGGUGCGGAGGUGCGGCGAAGACAUCCGGAAGCUGAGGGAGGCUGUCGGCCAGGCGGAAAAGUCGGGCCAUACGUGUGGCUGUGUCUCUCCAGGCAGUAACACAAAACUCUUGACUGCGAGGCGCGAUGUCCCUACAUAUCCCAAGUACACCCUGUCACGGGAAACCAUCGACGCUCUCAAGAAGCCGACCUUUGACGUCUGGCAAUGGGCACCUAAUGAGAUGCUGAGUUGCAUUGAAUACAUGUACCACGACCUUGGACUGGUCCAGGAGUUCCACAUCAAUGCCAUCACUCUGAAACGCUGGCUGCUGUGCAUCCAAGAGAAUUACAGGGACAACCCAUUCCACAACUUGAGGCACUGCUUCUGUGUGACGCAGAUGAUGCAUGGGAUGAUCCACUUGUGCAACCUCAAGCACAAGCUGAGCAUGCUAGACAUCGUAGUCCUGAUAACAUCGGCUGUGUGUCAUGACCUGGACCAUCCCGGCUACAACAAUGCGUACCAGAUUAACGCCUGUACCAAGCUCGCAAUUCGUUACAACAACAUCUCUCCCCUCGAGAACCAUCACUGUGCUGUCGCCUUCCAAAUCCUCUCCGACCCAGAGUGUAACAUCUUCGGGAACACCGACCCUGAACUCUUCAACCAGAUCCAGGAGGGAAUCACGGAGCUGAUCCUGGCAACAGACAUGGACAGACAUGAGGAAAUCAUGCAGGAAUUCACCCAGUGUGUAGACAACUUUGAGUACCAGAACAAGGACCAUCUCCGAUCUCUGAAACAGAUGCUGAUAAAAUGCUGUGACAUUUCCAACGAGGUGAGGCCGAUGGAGGUUUCCGAGCCCUGGGUGGACUGCCUCCUACAGGAGUAUUUUAUGCAGAGCGAGAGGGAGAAAUCGGAGGGGCUGCCUGUGUCUUCGUUCAUGGACAGAGACAGGGUCACCAAACCCAACGUGCAAGUUCGAUUCAUCAAAUCCGUUCUUCUUCCCAUGUUCGAGACUGUGUCCAAGCUGUUCUCGCGACUUGACGAAGUGAUGGUUCAACCCCUGAGGGAGUCAAGAGACCGUUAUGAAGAGCUGCUCCGGCCGGCGGUAGCCAAAAGCGAAGGGCCUCAGGAGUUGAGCUCGCGGCUGAGUUCGGCAUCACACUCGCUCCAAGCAGAGGACGUGGAUUAGAGGAGGGCAUUACACCAAGGAGCUGCGUAAGGAGGAACGAGGCGAGAUUCUGAACGCUGGGGAAUGUCCAAUCAGCAAAGCCUCCUCCAUAUCGGCUACCCCACCAAGGAUCAAUCCUAUUGGACGGAUAACAGUCAAACUGCCUCCGGUGUCAGGCGGUGGAUAUUGUACGUCUGGGACUGUGGUGGGAACUCCGGGUUAGGACGAGGGCUCGCUCAGCGCUCAGCGCACAGGCCCCAACCUCCUCGCAGGCAGCGGCCACUUCUCCCCAGCUUCUACCCAUGAGGUUGGCAGGAUCGACAACCGAGCUAUCGCCCGCGGGAACGAAGCCUUCACCUCCCAAACUCGUUCAUGGGAAACCUGAGAUUUCGACACCCCCCCACCCCCAC